UUUAAAUCUCUUUUUCCCUCUUUGUUUACCUUUAACUUUGUUUGGUUUAAAGAGAACUGGUUAUGUGACUAAUCAGAUGUUUUCGUAUUCUAAUUGUAGUUUAGUUUCAUGUUGAUUUUGUUGUUGUUGUUCUUUAAUUUAGUGAUUAGUGAUACCAUAUUCGUUUGAUUGUGAUUAAAUUCUAUUUUAAUUGGAAAAAUGGAUGUUAUUUUUGAAGAGAAACAUUCAGGUAAAGGGAUAGUCCGGUCAGUCUGUAAAUCAAAGGAUCGGCCUAAAUGGUCAAUGAUUGUUGAAGAUAAUCAAUAUAAAGAUGAUAGAAUUAAAUUUUCUUCAUGGUUUUCCAUCUAUCAAAUGUUUAAGGAAGUUUUUCUGCCAAGAGGUUAUCCUGAUUCUGUUAGUUCGGACUAUUUAUCUUACCAAAUUUGGGACAGUUUACAGGCUUUUGGUUCAAGUAUCACCGGAACUUUGGCUACUCACAAUGUUCUCAAAGGAAUUGGUGUUGGUGAUCAAUCGGCAACCGUUACGAGUGCCACGUUAACAUGGUUAUUAAAAGAUGGAACUGGAAUGAUUGGUCGGAUCGUAUUCACUUACUUUAAGGGCUCGAAUUUAGAUGUUGAUUGUAAAAAAUGGCGUCUCUACGCUGAUAUAAGCAAUGAUUUCGCCAUUGGUUUAGAUAUGAUUUGUCCCAUGUUUCCAAAUUAUUUACUUUUACUCCAAUGUUCAUCGGGUUUGAUCAAAUCAUUGGUUGGAACCAUUGGUGGUGCAACUCGUGCGGCAUUAACCCAACACCAAGCUCGUAACAACAAUUUAGCCGAUGUUUCAGCAAAAGACUCAAGUCAAGAAACGCUGGUCAAUUUAGUCGCUUUAAUAACAAGCCUAAUAUUAGUGCCUUUGGUUGCAGAAUCAGAUUCAUUAGUUUGGAUCCUUUUUGUAAUAUUCACUAUUACUCAUAUUUAUUGUAAUUAUCGUGCUGUUAGAUCAGUUAAAAUGGAGAUUUUUAAUCCUUCAAGAUGGACAUCGUUCAUUGAGAAAUAUAUUUUUAAAGAAACUAUUGGUUCUGUCGAUGAGAUUAACCAAUUGGAAAAUAUUUGGUUCUUUUCAACUCAUCAAUUCCAAGAUCGAAUUGAAUCUGGUCUCCCUUUGAGUGAUCACGAUUUAAGUGAUGAACAAUUUGAUCGUUUAAAUGAAAAUCUCCACAACAAUAACUACAUUUUAUCAGUCAAUGGUCAACACAAUGUUUUAAUUUCUUUCUUUGAUGGUCAAGAAUCUGUGAGGACAAAAAUGGAAGCUUAUUUUCAUGGGAAUCUGAUUUUAUUUGCAUUAACUGAUCAAAAGAAAGCUCAAAGUCUUGGAAUCACAAUUAAUGAUCACGAAGAGUUAAAAUUAGAUUCGAUUGUUAAAUCAACAAGAUCAAUAGUUGACAGCAAAUUUGACCAAAUGCUGACCAAUGCCAUGGACAAAGGUUGGAAUCUGAGUAAUUUUAUUUUCCUUGAAAAUGGUUGGAGAGUAAAAUCAAGAGACUCAAGAAUAUCUGACAAAAAAUCCAAUUAAUCAACUAACACA